CAUGUAUCUCAUCCGGCACCGUUGUCUGCCUUGGGCUAGUCCGAAGCUUCGAAGGAUCGAAAAACCAAGGGUGGUCACACUGGUUAUGAUCCGGGCAACGGCGCAAGUCCUUUGAUGAAAGGGAACAGCGCGCUCUCUCUCGGGUUCGAGAAUAUUGUAUAUACGCAAUGUCCGGACAGCUCUCCGCGAACGGACCCCCUACUGACUCUCAUCAAAUGCAGAGCGCUCACGGCAAACGGGAAAUCUCUUCGUUUCGUUAAUCAGUGGCUUCGGUGUGAGGCUCUUUCGCCCUUUGCCCCUCACGACGGAACCCAAGGAGUUGUGCAGACUUAUCCCGCAGAUCUCGGGCCAUCAAGUUUACAGCUUACUAUUGAGCACCAGCCACAUCGAGGCAUGAUGCUAUUUCUCUACUGGACGAUGAUUAUGGCAUUGGAUCACUCUGCCAUAACAUCGUCGACAAUCGUCACAUCAAACGAUCCGAGAGUUUCAACGACUGGUGAUCCGUGAAGAAGCGUGAGCGAUUUAGUAUCUGAUCAAGACCUCACCAGGUCAGCAGCUGUAGUAGCUAAUCCUAAGUCCGAGUCGUUGAUCCGAAGAGCUAGUCCGAAGCGCUAAUCCGAAGAGCUAAUCCGCGAUGAGCUAGUCCGAGAAGUGACUAUACCCUCUAUAUAGUUGGAAGUAUACCUAUUCGACUCCCCCCUCGAUAGCAUCUCUGUUUCCCUUUCUACCCCUUCGCAGCAAGCUCACCAUCAGUUGAUCCUGAAACACACCACACCAGCAAAAACCAUGACUGGCAUUUCGAAAGAACGGAUGCAAACCGCCCAGGCGCAGGAAAGGACCAUCUCGGCAGAGGAUCACGACAAGGUCAAGGCGCUGGCAGGCAUGGUCAAGAUGCCCCGGAGCUUCAUCUUUAAGAACCCCGACGAGUACGGCAUGAAGGGAUGGUACGACAUUUCCAUCAAGUCGGAUGAUGGGACGCCGCUCGAGGCGUGGUACAUUCCGGCUCGUGGCGGCGAGAGUGAUCGGCUGGUCAUCUUCAACCACGCGUUGCCCAUGUGCCGGGCUGGCUACCCGGGCCACAUGGGCCCGCCGUGGAGCGAUUUCAUCGAGCCAGUCGAGAUUGACUUUGUCGUGCAGUACAAACACCUGACCGACGCAGGUUACAACGUCUUGACGUACGACCUUCGCAACCACGGCCAGAGCGGCGCGGCCAACGGGGGAGUGUCAGGUAUCGGCCAGUGGGAGUGGCGCGACUGCGUCGGCGUAAAAAGCUUCGUUGACACACACCCGCGCCUCGGCCGCAUGAAAAAGGCCUUGUUCAGUCAGUGCCUGGGUGGCAUUUCGCAGUACGCAGCCAUCACCAAGCGGCCCGAGCUGUUUGACGACAUCCGCUGCAUGUGUAGCCCCCUCGUGCCCAACAUGUCGGCGGUCUUUUCCAAGCUGUCCGGGCCCCAGGGCAUCAGCCAGUACCAGGAACUCAUCGACCUGGAACUCCUCAAGCUGGGAGGUUUCCCCGCCUCCGACAUGUCGGGCAAGUUGUGGGCGCCCAACGUCAAGCUCCCCGUUCUCAUGUGGCAGGUCCACGACGACGCCAUCAUCGAGAAUCCGUCCGACGCCCAGAGUACCUUUGACGCCCUGGCCAGCCGCGACAAGGAACUUUACUGGAUCGAGGGCACGACGAAACGCUUCGAGGACGGCUACAACUGGUUCGGCCGCCACCCCGAAAAGGCGCUGUCCUUUUUGAAAAAGUAUAUGGAUUAGAACCAAUCCUUUUCUUUUUCGUGCGCACGCUUUGCGCAAUGCCGGCAGAGGGCUGUUGCGAAAGGUGAAACACGACCGGGAACAUGUUUUUGAACCACCAAAAUUCAUGUAGCAGAGCCAUUGGAGGUGAUGUGACGGCCACGUCGAGUUGCAAUGAUGCUGUAAUGCCUAGGAGUGUGUCAAUUCACAAGUCUAUCUCUUUACCUAGAGCCAUUCGAUUCAUUUUUGAUGAAUAUCGAAACGAUAGAACAAGUAUCCGUGACGACCGGGCUUACACUCCUUCCAAAACUCGAGGGGCAUGGUAACUAGUAUAGCAUAUACCCUUCCGGCACAGGUGGACAUUACAGGCUUCACAGUCUGUGAAAAUGUUGCGGCCGUCGGAUUUAGCCUCCAAAGACCUCUGUUCAUUGCCUGUUAGUCGUUGCAAUGGUCGACGACCUUUUCCAUGGCAUUCCUGAGGCAUUUUCGCUCCCCAGGCGCAAUAGGACCGGGUUACUAGUCUAGUCAAUUGGUGAUGAGUGCCUCGCAAGACUAGUUGGCGAAUGAGAGCCUUCUCAAAUCGGUCAUGGCCGUGAUGACUAGCAUGGACAAACCUAUCAUGUUGAGCGAGUUCAAAUUCUAUAGGAAUUGACUAGACAAACAUCGAAUAGUCAAUAGUUUCUAUUUCAAUAUAUUCUGGGGUUCGGUUGCGGCCGUCAUACGGUCCA